CUGUAUUGGUCAUAUUUGUACAUUGUAUAGCAAUACACACAGCAGGCAACGUGUUUGUUUACCUCUAACUUCACAGGUUUUCUUUAUUUUAAUUUUGUAUGGGAAGGAAAAUGGAGUAUAUCGCCAGACCACAUUGUAGUUCUGUGUUUUUUAAUAAAAUGGCUCCAUUUCCUGUCUCAUGAGAGGUCCCAUUCAGUCCCUGCCAGCCAUCCCAACAGGCGCCUGGCUGUGGAUAAUCCAUACAGGAAUAGUCUUCAUAACGCCGGGUUUCGCUAACUGCAGUUGCAGUCGGACCACUCAAUAAUGGCACUGUAACAGUAGUUGUAAUGAUCCGUCAGAUAUUGUUAACUAUAUGGAUAAACACAACCGCUUGGAUAAAACUAGAGCUCGCACACAUUGGGAGGAAACAUAUUUAACUGCGCGAACACUUGAGACACAAUUAAUCUAUCUAAGUGGGCAAAAUGUACCAGGUAGUUUACAGCGAUGACGCAUACAGUGGUAGCCAGCGGCGUGUCACGUUGUUAAUUAGCCUGCAACAGUGUGUGUAAGCUCGGCUCGACCUGAAAUCAAGUCCUGUCUUCAUUUUGUUAGUUACACACCACUAUAGUUUAGGGGUUAACCGAAUGGAUUCCUAUGAAGGUGUUCUUGCCUCUUUAAAUCAUCCAGUCUGCUAGUGGCUAAUCCUCACGGGGUACUGUGAGACACGGACACGUUUACAUUCAGCUCGCAAUUCGGGCCACAUCAUUUGGGAACUGGAGGGGGAGAGGCACAAGGGGUCUGACGGAUGAAGAAUCUUUCAUCUCCAGCGUUUUCUGCAAAAUGAAUGUUUGUUCGAUCUUUCUAACUGCCCAGAGCCAAAGAAACUUUCUUGUAAAGACUAGUAUACGCAGAGGAUAGCAGUAACUCCCACCCCACCCAACACCCACAUAUUAUAUUGCUAUUCAAAACAAAUACAUAUCCUUAAAGUUUACAUUUAAUUUUUUAUAGAAAAAAUAUUUAUUGAAAUCAAAGCAUUCAUACCUAGAAGAUAUUUAUUUUGUUAAAUCUUGAUUUUAUAAAUCUAUAUGUAUUUGUACACCAAGAUUGUGAAAAUGGAAUCGACGGCUAUGGCAGGUUUUGUGUCCACUACUCUGGCGUCUCUGACUCUGGGGCCUCUGGAGGAUUAUCUCUGGUUGUUGGUAGUCGGCUUCAUCAUUGCAUUUGUCCUGGCGUUUUCUGUUGGUGCCAACGAUGUGGCAAACUCCUUUGGCACAGCUGUUGGCUCGGGCGUGGUGACCCUGCGACAGGCCUGCAUCCUGGCAACGGUGUUUGAAACGGUUGGCUCAGUGUUGCUGGGAGCGAAAGUGAGUGAGACAAUCCGCAACGGAAUCAUCGAUGUCCAGAUGUACAACACCUCCCAGCAUGAAUUAAUGGCUGGGUCUGUCAGUGCCAUGUUCGGUUCUGCUGUAUGGCAGCUAUUUGCUUCGUUUUUGAAGCUACCAAUUUCUGGAACUCACUGCAUUGUGGGUGCGACGAUCGGCUUCUCCCUGGUGGCUAAGGGGCAGCGAGGGGUUAAGUGGUUGGAACUCCUCAAAAUCGUGGGUUCCUGGUUCAUCUCCCCUCUUCUAUCUGGCAUCAUGUCUGCUAUUCUGUUUUACUUUGUCCGCAGAUUCAUUCUACGCAAGAAGGACCCAGUACCCAAUGGGUUGCGUGCUCUACCUGUCUUCUACGCCUGCACUAUUGGAAUAAACCUCUUUUCCAUCAUGUUUACUGGAGCACCUUUGCUGGGGUUCAAAUUCCCUGUGUGGGGUAUGAUCCUGAUAACUCUGGGUUGUGCAGUGAUCGCGGCUCUCAUUGUCUGGUUUGUCGUCUGUCCCAGAUUGAAAAGAAAGAUUGAACGAGAGAUUAAGUCAAGUCCUUCUGAAAGCCCUUUGAUGGAGAAAAAGAAUAGCGACCUGCACUGCCCAGUGCUGAUAUCUGACCCUGAGACUAAAGAUCCACCUUCAAAUGGGAUUUCUGUUGAAACCAAGAGCCCUGUGAUGGAGGGCGUCUGCACUCUCCUGCCUUCUAAGCCAGUGUCUGGGGAGCGGGCAGUCGCAUUCAACAUUGGGGAUUCGGAUGAUGGUGACGAGAUGGACAAGCUGCAGGAGGGAGACAAGAAGGAUACCAGCGACGACGUCACCUGCAAUAAUAUGACAGAGAAUGCAGGACACGUACAAUUCAGGAAUGUGGUGAGCAGCCAUCUCCCCAGCAAUGGGUAUAGCCAGUACCACACUGUGCACAAGGACUCUGGACUCUACAAGGACCUACUUCACAAGCUUCAUCUGGCCAAGAUGGGCGACUGCAUGGGGGAGUCUGGAGACAGGCCCAUGAGGCGCAACAACAGUUACACGUCCUACACCAUGGCGAUCUGUGGCAUGCCUCUGGACCACUUUAAGCCCUGUGACAGCGACUGGAAAAGUGGGGUGGCAGUUGAGGACACGGAGAAGGACAUGGGGGCUGACCAUGUCAAGAAGAGGGUGCGCAUGGACAGCUACAACAGCUACUGCAACGCUGUAGCAGAAUCAACCCCGGCGGAAGGGCUGGAGGAGAGCCAGGUGGCGGUGGAGACAGGGAUGGGUGACCGGAAGAGCAGCGAUGGAUCCCUGGAAGAUUGCUGCGAGAAGGACAAGCCAGAGGUCUCCCAGCUCUUUCGGUUCCUCCAGAUCUUGACUGCUUGCUUUGGAUCCUUUGCUCAUGGCGGGAAUGAUGUCAGCAAUGCAAUUGGACCCCUGGUUGCUCUCUACCUAAUUUAUCAAUCUGGUGAAGUUGCCUCGAAUACUCCGACCCCUAUCUGGCUGCUCCUGUAUGGAGGAGUGGGCAUCUGUGCUGGUCUCUGGGUCUGGGGAAGGAGAGUGAUCCAGACCAUGGGAAAGGACCUCACCCCCAUCACUCCUUCCAGUGGCUUCAGUAUUGAGUUGGCAUCUGCUUUGACUGUGGUGCUUGCUUCAAACAUCGGACUUCCCAUCAGCACAACGCACUGCAAGGUUGGCUCUGUCGUGUCCAUUGGCUGGCUGCGCUCCAAGAAGGCUGUCGAUUGGCGUCUGUUCCGUAACAUCUUCCUGGCCUGGUUUGUCACUGUGCCCAUCUCGGGGCUCAUCAGUGCAGCCAUCAUGGCCCUCUUCAAAUAUGUCAUCCUUGAUUCCUGAGUGUGCUAACAGGGGGGUUCAUGCAAAGUUCACCUCCUUUAGAAAAGGGAGAUCUUCAGUCUGACAGCAGAGCAGCUGGGGUGGACAAAGGAGGAGGGACUGCUGUCUUUUUAUGGGAGAUUAUUUCAGUUACAGCUCUGUAGUCUUGCUAUAUUACUGUGCUUUAACUCAUUGGUGUAUUCAGACUACCAUAAGCAUAUGUGUGCUGUACAUAAUUGCUGGUAAAUUCCCAACCCCUCCCAAAAAAAGUUCCUUGGCAUUCUGUAAUUUUAUGUACAUUUUUAUUUUUUACAGUUGUUUAAAAGUCUGAGUACAAACUGUAUGAUCAUGUUUUUUGUCUUUUUAGAACUGGAAUUGUUCCUGGUAAUGCAGUUAACUUGUUAUUGCCAGUCUAUAGAGUAGGCAGUAUAUGUAGGUGCCAGUCUAUUAAACAGUAGUUUCAGAAGUGGAUUGGGACGGGUCUAAACAGUAUAUGCUUUAAAUGAGACUUUGUGGAGAGAUGUGUGUUUCUUUUUAUGUGAAAAAAACAACAAAAAACAAAGGCUGGUACCCAAUUGCAAUCCAGUGUGCAAAACUGUCCAAUGAAAUGUAACUCCUAAAUUAGGUGCGAUGCCUCUUUUUGGUUAUUGGAGGAAUACUUCCUUUUUUUUCCCCUGUGUAUCUUCUGCUUUGAAACAUACAAGUCCCACAACUGCAAAUUUAGUUUGCCAUUUUUAAUGUAUUGGAAUUUCUUGGGUGUUAACUUUAUAUUGUCCACAUUUGAUUCCAGGUAAAUAGUUUGCAGGUUUAAGUUGC